UUUUUUUAUAGAAUCAACAUUAUAUUAGUUUGAAUUUCUUCAAAAAAUGUUCAAAACUGUUCGAUAUUGCAUGACUCACCAGUAUCUUAAUACUACUUCAACUCGUUCGUACUGUGUUCCGGUUGUCAAUAUAUUCGAUAGGAAUGUAAAACGACUUCAACGAGAGCGUGCCGCUAAAAGCGAAGAUGUCGAGCUGUAUGACUAUAUAAAAGAUGAAGUAGGUUACAGGAUAUCGGACCGUAUAUUCGAUGUGAAGCGACCGUUUGUAAAUGCGGUAGAUUUAGGAGCUGGUCGGGGCUAUGUUACGAAUCAUGUGCUAGGAGAAACAGUUAAAAAGCUAACCGCAAUCGACUUGAGUCCAACCAUGCUAUCGCAGGUGAAAGGAACCCCUGGGCUGGAUUUCAGUGUGCGCGAGAUGGAUGAAGAGAAGUUCGACUUUGAGCCUAGCAGUCUGGACCUGGUGGUCUCUAGUUUAAGCCUUCAUUGGGUCAACGAUUUGCCGAAGUGUUUCAGAGCUGUAAAUAAGGCACUGAAACCGGAUGGAGUUUUUAUUGGAGCUAUGUUUGGCGGGGAGACUUUGUACGAGUUGCGGUCGUCUUUACAUCUAGCUGAACAAGAACGAAGGGGUGGUCUCUCGCCGCAUUUGUCUCCUUUUACGCAGAUAAGAGACGUGGGAAUGCUAUUGAAUCGGUCAAAUUUCACUAUGCUGACGAUUGACACUGAUGAGGUUGUGGUAGGUUAUCCGUCAAUGUUCGAACUGAUGUGGGAUUUGAAGGGCAUGGCCGAGAGUAAUGCCGCCUUCAAUAGGCCGCUUCAUAUCAGCCGGGACACGCUGUUGGCCGCAGCUGCAAUCUAUAAAGAUAUGUAUGGAAAAGAUGACGGAGUUACAGCCACGUUUCAAAUCAUUUACUUUGUUGGAUGGAAGCCAUGUCCUAGUCAGCCAAAACCAUUGGAACGAGGAUCAGCUGAUGUUUCGUUAAAGGAUUUAGGUAAACUGAUGGAUCCGAAAAAUGUGGGUGAUAAAAAAUAAGUGCUUAUACCAGUUAGAUUCCUAUUCAUUCAUAGGUUUAUUAUGCAGGAAUAAUAGAAAGAACAGAAAUGUAAAAGGCAACUUAAAUAAAUUGCAAACGAUCUAUGCGUCAAAAUGGAAAUUAAUUGUUUUGUGUGUAGAAAAUGAUUAUUCUCUUCGAUGGUCCGUCUAAACUAUGCUUACUUAAGUAAGGUACCGCUCAAAAACUUCUCUCAAUAUUUCAUAACAAUAAUCGUUUUGCAAAAUAGUAGUACGUUGCAAACCAUCAUGAUCUUGAUAAACGUGGGUAAACUUAUCAAAAAAUAUGCGUUUAAAUCAUUCCAUGGUUUGCAACAGAACUCCCCUGAAUCUCCCUUAAAUACUAAAUUACACGAAACUGUUUUUAAAGUUCUGAACGAAUACGUUUUAACGUAAAAAAAAUAUAUAUAAAAAGUAUAAUAGUAUUGACUGAAAAAUUCUGAAUACAAUAACGAAGAACGAAAAUAUAGCACAUGUAUUAGCAACAACAUAUAAAUUGGCUCAUUGCAUUAGAUAUAAUGGAAAAGCUUA